UUAAAGAUGACUUUUAAAUAUUUGGUAUAUGUUUUAUUAAAAAAGUCAUUUAGAGAUUAGAUUGUGUGUCAUAGCACUAAAAUGCAUCAAAACAAUACUUUUAUUCUUUGACUCUUAAUGGAAAACAUAUUUCUAAUGCUUGCACUCUUGGAACAUCAAAACAACUAGUUGUUUUACCGAUUAGACAAAGAUUAUGUAUUACCGUUCAAUACAGACUAUGUAAAGCUAGUCUACUAUUCAUUGGUGUUACUAAUUUAAAAAAGUGCAAAAAUAUCUUCUCAUCUGAAUGUCGACCAUAGUAAUGUCUUAUCUGACUGCUAAUGUGGGCCUGCUGAAAUCAUAGUUCUUUAAUAAGUUAAUAAUGUGGCCCCUCAGCUACCCUCUCAGGAGUCAGAUCAGUGUGAAAUCAUUGCUAUGAGGUCACUGGCUAACUAUCUCAAAAUGACAAAAUCAGACAAGCUGGCUGCAAGUUUUUUUGUCAUCAUGAGUUUUUAACUUAAUUUUAAACUCAUAUUGCACAAUAGACUCUUUGGAACAUCAAUUUAAAACAGAAACAACAACAAACUCAUAUAAUCAAAAUAAAAAUUUUGUUUUUAUUGCAUGUCCAUGGUCUUAAAAAAUAUCUUUAGAGGUCGACAAAAAGUCAAGAGGUUAACAAAAAGUCAAGAGGUUGACAAAAGCUUUUGAAAAGCCACUGCUUUUGAUUUGGUAAAGUGACAUGUCUUCAUAUACAGCAAGAUAUAACCCUUUAACGUACUGUAAUUGUUACAUCGACCCACAGACUGAAUAAACAGCUGUCUUAAUCAGAGCUCCACUGACUGCCCUCCUUAUGAUGCUCCACCUUAGCUGAGAAUCAAAUACAACUGUUUACAUGUAGACCAGAUGCCAGAUAUGAAUUCAAUUUCGAACCACAUUUGAAAAAGGCUCAAAUUGGAUGCAUAAAAAUCUCAUCUCAUAAAGCUGUUUUGCUGUUUACAUGCUUUAAGAUCUGAUCGUGAAAACAUCAGAAAUGGUUGUUGUUUAUUUAAGUAAGUGUAAAGCGGUUUGUAUCCAGGGAUGAAGGAGGUGGGAACUGGUGAAUGUUUCACAAAUGUUAAUCAUAUAAAAUAAACAAACAACAUAACAAACAUAACAAAACAAAAAUCCAGGCCUGGUUCUCUCUCCUCCUUCACCGUCAUCUGCUCCCGGAGCUCUUCCGUGAGAGAUACAAGGCUUCUGAUAUUUAAAUACACAGAAGCCUACUAGCAAAAAAAAAAGUUAAAAUACACAUAUGAUGUCUUUGGAAGCAGCAAUGUUAAUCCUUUCCAAUAGCUAUAUUGUGAUGAUGUUUUUUUUUUUUUUUUUUACAGCUACACACUGUGUAUGUAAUUAUAAAUUUUACUCAAUUCUUUUCCUAGUUCAACGGCCACUUACUUUCAUGUCUUUCGGGAGAAAUGGUAAAAUGUAGGCCUACAUAUUGUAAAUCUGACAACUCUGAUUCUGAAUUGCAGCGGCGCCCAUCGCCUGUUAUAGAUCAACUGGUGUUUUAAAUGACAAAAUACGUUUUCUUACAUGUAGGCUUAUUUGAGAAUGGGAAUAUCAGAUAUUUCAUGAUAUAGUUUACAAGUUUAGAAAUGUUUUGAAUAAAAAAAAGAAAAAUGAAAUAAAAAAUGAAAUAAAACCAAUUUCCUACAAAAGUCACACAGCGCUAUUGUGUCGGCAAGGAAAUAAUAAUACAUAAAAAUGCGAGGUGAUCAUUGCCUCCAGAUUUAUUGAUUUAAUUGAAAAAUGAAAAGUAAAAAACUUUUCAUUUUUCACCUUUCCCAUUUAUUUUUAAUGGGGGUCCUUUUCAAACCCCGAAGACUUUUUUCUUUUUUUUUUUUUUUUUUUAACAUACCUUCAGAACAACCGGAUCAAGUGUGUGUGUGUGUGUGUGUGUGUGUGUGUGUGUGUGUGUGUGUGUGUGUGUGUGUGUGUGUGUGUUUAGAUAGAUAAUGCAACAAAAGUCACAAAAUCUCUGCCACUGAGAUGAAGGGAACAUUUUUUUAAUGAGGGAAACAUCAAAGGCCAUACAAGGGUUAAAAAAGUCUGUUGUUUUUUGUUGUUGUUUUUUUUUUUUUUCUAAUUAGUGAUGUUUCAGAAUCGGCUGUCAUUUCCCUCCCAACCAGAGGCUUGGAGUCAAUUCGGGAACUCUGUGCUCGGAAUGUCUGGGCCCUCAAAAAACUACCACCGAUCAAGACCUUCAGACACCUAAUUACAGCAGACCUGACCUACCCCAGCCACUGCUGUGCAUUCAAGAACUUGAAGAAAAAAAGGGGGUACUUAGAGGACAUCAUUUGUAACCUGACUGCCAGGUAUAAUCAACUUCAAAAGAGAUCUGUUGGAACUUUUAAAUUUCCUGGCCUGCACAGCAGCAUGGAACCUGGCAUUGACUCAGGAGAUAACAUCUUCAGGGACACCUACGACCACCAGGACUUUUACAGCAGCCUGCAUUACCACACAUACUUUGGUGGACACCCAGACGAUGAUGUGGGCUUUGGUGAAACACUGAAGAACCCCCAGGAAGACACCAGCCAUGAGUUUGACAGUCGCUAUGACUACAUUGUGUGUGAGGAGGGAGAGGAGGUUGCCUGUUUCCCUGCUCCUGAUGAGUUCAACCCUUGUGAGGACAUCAUGGGUUUCAGCUUUCUAAGAGUAUCUGUGUGGUUUGUCAGUUUGCUUGCUGUGUUGGGCAACCUGUUUGUACUGUUGGUGCUGCUCACCAGCCACUACAAACUGUCUGUCUCAAGGUUUUUAAUGUGCCACCUGGCCUUUGCUGACCUUUUCAUGGGCAUUUACCUGCUGCUCAUUGCUUCCGUGGACCUCCACACACGUUCUGAAUACUAUAAUCAUGCUAUUGAUUGGCAGACAGGUCCGGGAUGCAACCUAGCUGGGUUCUUCUCCGUCUUUGCUAGUGAACUGUCGGUCUUCACACUGACCACUAUAACCCUGGAACGUUGGUAUGCCAUCACCUACGCCAUGCGGCUGGACCGAAAGUUGCGUCUGUCCCAUGCCUCAGUCAUCAUGCUAGUGGGCUGGAUCUUUUGCCUCAUAUUGGCUCUUAUGCCUCUCAUUGGGGUCAGCAGCUACCAGAAAGUCAGCAUUUGUCUGCCCAUGGACACCCAGACACUUGUGGACCAGAUCUACAUCCUAUGUGUACUUGUUAUGAACAUCCUGGCUUUUGUAGUAAUUUGUGCGUGUUACAUCAAGAUCUAUUGUGCUAUUCACAACCCAAGUCAUCAGUCUGCCAACAAAGACACCAACAUUGCCAAGCGUAUGGCUGUACUCAUCUUUACUGACUUCCUCUGCAUAGCACCCAUUUCAAUGUAUGCUAUUACAGCUGCGUUGGACCACCCACUCAUCACUGUGUCAAACUCCAAGAUACUCUUGGUGCUCUUUUAUCCUCUGAAUUCCUGUGCUAACCCUUUCCUCUAUGCUAUCUUCACCAAGGCCUUCCAAGGAGAUGUCUUUAUACUGCUCAGUAAAGUGGGUCUCUGUCAACGUCAGGCUCAGCUGUUCCGAGGUCAGACCGUGUCUUCGAAGGCAAGCAGCAGAGGAAUCACCAGACGUGAGAGGGAGCAAACAAGAGCCAAGGAGACCCCUAUUUCCCUUCUAGAAUAUCCAGGCAACCCACCAGCCACACAACAGCAAGAGGACAGUGAUGGGCAGGACACUUGAAGCCUACAAUUUGCAUUGCACAGCAUAAAUGAGUACACCCCCUCUGAAACUUCUGAAAGUCACUAAAACUUCUGAAAGUUACUCAAUUACUUAGAAGACAUGUUAGGGUUCUUUAGAGAUACUUGUGACAAGGCCCUUGAAAUAAUCAGGCGAGUGUCUCAGAGCCAGCAAAAGCUAUGAAAAGAGUGACUGUUUAUCUCACAGAGUAAGAUGCAGCCUGCAGAAAAGACAUGCAUGGUUGUUGUUCUCACUGGAACUACCUACUGUAGCCAAAGCACAAUAAAGUCAGUUUCCAUUUCCAAAGCCCAUAUUUACAAAAUAUAGAUUCUGGGAAUCAAUACUCUGGGAAGUGCCUGGUUCCCACAGUAAAGUUCAGUGGUAGUAAAGCUCUUAUAUAGGGAUGUAUGAGUUUUGAAGGUGUGAGGGAGUUGUGCUUUAUCAAUGCUGUCAUGAAUUCCCACACCACUGUGUAAUUUAAUACACAAACUUGAAACAGAAGAUGUUACCCUUUCCUUUUUCCCUGCAUUGUUGGGCAUUUUUUCAACAUGACAAUGAGAAUAUGCAUUCUCCCAAGGUGAAAAACCUUCAGUGGGCAUGUAUUGCACUCAAUCUUACCACUCUUGAGCACCUGUGGGGGAUUCUGUAGAGACGAGUUGAGCAACACUCCCCAUUAAAGAUCAGGGCAUUUAAGGAGCUCAUCAUCCAGGAGUUAAACAGGACAGAUGUGACAAUUUGUCAUGAACUUGUAUACUCCGUGCCAAGAAGGGUCAGAGCAGUAUAUUCAAAAUUAUGGAGGGCAUACUAAGUACUAGAAUAUUAUACAUUUGUUGAAUUAAAUCUAGGGUGUACUCAUUUCUGCAAUCCUUAAUUUAAACAAAAUUGGCUAAUUUACUUAUUUUGUGGCUAUUAAUGACAUAUAUUUCUCAUUUUUUAUUAUUUAUAUGUUUAAUACAUUUUAGUUUUGGCGUCUUUCCAUGAAUUGUAUUAGUGAUCAUAAAGAAAAUACAUCUUUUGUAUUUGUUCAGAGGGGGUGUACCCAUUUAUGCUGUGCACUGUAUAUGAGUCCAGGCAACAACAACUGGAAUGUAGACUGGAGUCCAAUAAACUAAAUUGCAGCACAGACAAGACAGAAAAUGAACAAAUUACUUGAAAGGUCUGCAUUGAAAAAAAUUUUAGGUUGUAUAUUUAAAGGUGCAAUAGGACAUUUUCGGAGAGGCUAGCGAGCAGAGCUAGCUUUCAAAUUAUAAGAUCUCACCCUUCCUUCAGAGUGUCUCAAAGCCACGCCUCCUUCAAAACACAUGAAGGAACACACACACAGCUGCUCUCUGCAAAGCGUCACAAGAGAUGGCGUUAAACUACCUCAUGUCUCAAAGCACAUAACAUUACAAUAAUAAUGAACGUAAACAACUUAGAGAGCUUGUACCUGACUGCUGCACAUUCAUUUCGAUGUCGAUACAUGGCAACGCAUAAUUCCGAGUCUGAGGACAUGAACAGCUCCCGUUAGAACGGGAUUUCCUCUUAAUUACGGUAGUUAUGGUGUGAACGCAGCACAAACUUGUUGUUUUGAUCUGGUAGGGACUGUAAAAGGUGGCUGCUGUCUGUUUGCGGUGCUCAGUGACUGCGUCUGUCUACAUAAACUCUGCAUAGCAUGAAACGCGCUAUGUAUGUAGGGUAUGUAAAAACAUAUGUUGACAGGCAGGUAGGACAUCGUAUUAUUUCAUUCAGACCGAAUAUAGUGAUUGGAUGAAUAUUUUAUGGUCCUUUGCAUUCCACAGAUGAUAUAUAUUUAUUUCACAAGUUCGCCUGUCCAUUCAGUCUGAAUGGUUAAUGGUAAAACAAACUUGGCUUGCUGUCCUCGAAGGAGGCUCGAACCUGAGCUCGGCUUGAGCUCUGAGUUAAACCCCCCUAUAACAGUACUGUGUAGAGGGGGAAUAAGAGAAAUAGAGGAGGAGAUGGGGAGGAGGGAUGCUGGAAGAAUUGCACUAGGAUGACGCAGUAACUGCUGCUUAUAUACGCUCGUAAUGAUGAUUGACAGGACUGAAUGUUUUGGGAGAACCUACGUUUGGAACUACAUUUCACAAGUUCACCUGCCCAUUCAGUCUGAAUGGUUAAUGGUAAAACAAACUUGGCUUGCUGUCCUCGAAGGAGGCUCGAACCCGAGGCUCAGCUUGAGCUCCAAGUUAAACCCCCCAAAAAGAUAUUUACAAGGACAGCAAGCUGGGCAGUCAACUAAGAGUAGUUCAGCAAUAUAAGUACAGAAGACUUAAGGAAUUAAUCCCUCUCCCCCCCAAAGAUGAGCAGAAUAUUUUUUGCUGUUGCCAUAUUGGGGAAAAAAUAAGGCAGCUUGUGUGGUGAAUUUCCUGCGGGAGCUAAAAGAGAAAACGAAGGCUCCUGCAGGAACAGAGAGAGAAAUCACUGCUGGGGUAGUGAAGGGAUACUUUUCUGUUCCUACAGAUGAUCAGUUGGAGAACUGCUUCGAGAGUGGAGGCUGAAAUCACUGCUUCGGCAAUGAGAAAUAAGUUUAGAGAGCAGUGGGGAAGAUAUCAUUGCUGGAAGAAUUGCACUGGGAUGACGCAGUGACUGCUGCUUAUAUACGCUCGUAAUGAUGAUUGACAGGACUGAAUGUUUAGGCCCCUCCCGAACCUACGUUUGGAACUACAUAAAAAUACAUUUUGACUGUUUAACAUAGUGAUUGCUAUCAGGAUAUGAGGAGCCUUUCAACCAGUAUAACAAAAAAUGUUUCUGUACAGAACCUAUUGCACCUUUAAUAUAUUAUGCUGAACUGGUAAAAGUCAAUGCUUGAUCAUUGGGCUUUGUUCAUUUAACACAAGCAUAACAAAAUGUGUACAUUUUUCAUAAAACAGUUGUUUUGUAAAUAGUUGCAUUCAAUGCAAAACACUUAAAUUUAUUUAAGAACAGUUUUAGAAUUAAUUUAAACAGAAAUUUGCUCUGCUUGAGUUUUUUAAGGGCCAUUGUAUAUGGCAGAGGUUCUCAACCCUGUUAUUGGAGAACCCACCACCCACAACACUGCACAUUUUGUAUGUCUCCCUAAACAAACACACCUGAUUCAGGUUAUCAGCUCAUUAGUAGAGACUA